CUGCGUCUAAUCAAUGUCUUCAUAACAUCAAUUUCAAUCAACUCAAAGUUCUCCGUCAAAAUGAUUAGGGCUGGCGGCCGCAGGCCCUUGCCGAACAGCACAGCCGCAAAAUUGCGGGACUGAGGGGAUUCAGCCGGAGGCUGAGGCUCACCCGUCCCAGUCAGCCAGUCCUCGUGUCUUGGAUCCGAAAAUAACACUCAAUCAAAAUUAAGAUUGCCGUAAGGCUGUCAGCCCAAUUCUGCAGCUCGCCGGAGCUGGCAGCGAACUCGGGCCUCCAAAGUGGUUUCACAUAAAUUCGACGGUCCCAUCGAUCUGCCUUUCUAUUUUCCUUUUCGUCGGACAUCCCCAAGGCUCAACUUCGUCAACACUUCACUUCUAAUCGUCAUCCUCUCACCAACACUCGCUAUUUCCUCUAUUCUCAAUUAAUAAUCCUUGCUCCAUAAUCAAGAUGCGUUCCUCAAUCUUCGUUCCUCUCGUCGCUCUCGCAGCCUCGGUCUCUGCAAUCCAAAUAACCUUCCCCAACAUCACCGGCGUGACCGGAACGCCGUCAAUCGACCUCUCCGUCGCGCAAACCAUAACCUGGAUCACUGACUCCUCGCAAGACGCGAAAACGAUCUCGAAAAUCGCAUUGGUCGUCCCUCCCGCCGCCGGUGCCACCGACCUGAUGACGCCCGUCUCCUCCACGACCAUCGCCUCGGACGUCUCGACCGCCGACCUGAAAUACGUGAUGCAGCCGCCUAGUGGCUUGACCGUCAACGAUACGUACCAGAUCUGGUUCUACGGCGCGUACAACAGCACGACGGAGGGCGUGCUGGCCGAGAGUCCGUUCUUCAAGGCCGGCAAGAUCUCGUCUUCUGCUGCUUCGACGACAACAGGGGGGAACAGCCCCAGCCCCACGGGGUCCACGACGACCGUCAGCGCGACCAAGAAGGCUAACUCUGGGAAUGCGCUAAAGGCGUUUGGUGGUGCGGGGCUUCUGACUGCUCUUACUUUCUUGGUCUUGUAGAGUAGUGGUGCGAUCGCGUGUUGUGGUGGUGCUGGUGGGCCGAUGGAAAGGGGCGGGUGUCGCGUGCCUGUGUGCCAAGGGACGGGACAUAAAUGAAAGUGAUUCAAUUUUCAGGGGGUUUCGGCACUUUGCUUUUUUCUUUUUCGG